AAGAAGGAGUUCCCACUAGGAGAAAAGGAGGAUUCGAAGCGUUACCGCCCCAAUGACAGACAGAAGCCCCUUCGAAACGGACAUGCUCACCCUGACCCGCUACGUUAUGGAAAAGGGGCGCCAGGCCAAAGGGACCGGGGAGCUAACCCAGCUGCUGAACUCCAUGCUGACGGCCAUCAAAGCCAUCUCCUCAGCUGUGCGCAAGGCCGGCCUGGCCCAUCUGUAUGGAAUCGCAGGAAGCGUGAAUGUGACGGGAGAUGAGGUGAAAAAACUGGAUGUGUUGUCCAAUGCCCUGGUGAUCAACAUGCUUCAGUCCUCCUACAGCACCUGCGUCCUGGUCUCCGAAGAAAAUAAAGAGGCCAUCAUCACCUCCCAGGAGAGGAGGGGGAAAUACGUGGUCUGCUUUGACCCACUGGAUGGAUCGUCCAAUAUCGACUGCCUGGCCUCCAUUGGAACCAUAUUUGCCAUCUAUAGGAAGACCACAGAGGAAGAACCUUCAGAAAAGGAUGCCCUGCAGGCUGGUCGAAAUAUCGUGGCCGCGGGCUACGCCCUAUAUGGCAGUGCGACGCUGGUGGCACUCUCUACAGGGCAAGGUGUGGACCUCUUCAUGCUGGACCCGGCUCUUGGUGAAUUCGUGCUGGUAGAAAAAGAUGUCAAGAUUAAGAAGAAAGGAAAGAUUUUCAGCCUCAAUGAGGGCUAUGCCAAGUAUUUUGAUGCUGCCACCACUGAAUAUGUACAGAAGAAGAAAUUCCCUGAGGAUGGCAGCGCUCCCUAUGGGGCCAGGUACGUGGGCUCCAUGGUGGCUGAUGUGCACCGCACCCUGGUCUACGGAGGGAUCUUCCUGUACCCAGCCAACCAGAAGAGUCCUAAGGGCAAGCUCCGGCUCCUGUACGAGUGCAAGCCUGUGGCCUACAUCAUCGAGCAGGCAGGAGGCAUGGCCACCACAGGCACCCAGCCUGUCCUGGAUGUGAAGCCCGAGAGUAUUCACCAACGGGUCCCCCUCAUUCUGGGGUCCCCAGAUGAUGUGCAGGAAUAUCUCACCUGUGUACAAAAAACCCAGGCAGGCAGGUAGUGAGUUUGACCCUGCAAACCUUUCUUCUCUUUAUCUUUUACUAAGGGCCCUAAAUUUAGAUAAACAGGGAUGGUGGGGAGGAAGAAACAAGGCAAACCUACUAGAUCACAUUCAGAAGAGCAACAACCAAUGGCCAAAGUUAGAUUCAAAAGCCAGAGGACAUUCUGUGGUCAAUGUGAAAAUAAAAACCUGUGGCUAAAAAUU